AUUUAUCUGAAAAAUGUACUUCACAAGUGAACACGAAUAGUCGAGCGGCACAAAGAACAACCUCAAGAACUAUAUAAGACCUCUCUGUUCUAUCAAGGCAAUUAUUUGCAGUUGUGACGUGAAACAAUUUAUACAAGAUACUAUGUACAGAUUGUUUUCACUGUCAGCACUGUUAUUUCUGGUAAGUGCUGAUCCGAGAACUCCAAAGAUAUACAACGUUUUGAUAAGCACAAAGAAAAAUUUAUCCCCUAGUCAUGCUCUACCUGUCUACGAGCCGGUAUUAAGAACAACAUCCCUCGGAAUAGCACUACCACCAUAUUUUUAUCAAUCGCCGAUAGCAACAUUUGAGCCAAACUUCGUUGCAACACCUCAGAAAGUAGGUAAACCAGAAAAUGAAGAAUUUCAAAGAGCGCUACAACCAUUACCGGUGGAACGGUUUAUACCAUAUGCUUACGCACCUCAUGUUUUGAAUAACCAAGGUUACUACACGCCGGUUGCCGAGACGCAGCCUGAUGCCAAGCCAAAAACAUUACCUGAAGAAAUUUACCAAAAUAACAACGAUCCUAAGCACGAAAUUGCGAAUUUGAAACGAAAUCCAGACAUACCUGACGUCCCUCCUCCAGCCUUACCCACACGAAAUACAACAUAAUUUAUAAGGUUAUGCAAUGAAAUGAAAUAUUUGAGUCAUAAAUUAUCUAUUAACGGUACCAACAAAAUACAGUGACUUAAUAACAAUUUGUCUAAUAAAACCGGUAAAACAAUAAA